ACAAAAAAUCUAGACCACUUCCGGUUUUGAUGUUUACUGUUGAUGCACGUAGCGUUCUUUGACCAUGCCGGCUCUUAAAAUUAACAAUGAUAGUCGAUUUUGCUGUGUACCUCAGUGUACAGUUAAAGCCUACAAAUGCCCAGCAUUAUCCUUUCAUAUAUUUCCGAAGUAUGAACAAAUGAAGAAGCUUUGGCUUGUAAGAAUUCGGAGAGACGAAGGACCACUCUUUCGGGUCAGAAAUUGGACAAGGGUUUGUAGCAGGCACUUUAUGCCAGAAGAUUUUCGCCCUUUGACCUUAAAAGGAAAACAAAGGAGACUAAAAUCAGAUGCUGUACCAAGUUUGUUUACAUGGAACAACUUUCAACGUGGAAAAGAGAGAAAGCAGCCUGCAGUUCGUCAUCCCAUUUCACAAGCAAAUACCAACACAAAUCAGAGUGAAAACGUGGACUCAGAGCCUGCAACAGCAGACUCAGAGCCUGCAACAGCAGACGCAGAGCCUACAACAGCAGACGCAGAGCCUGCAACAGCAGAUGAAGAGCCUGCAGCAGUAAGCAUCCCCUCUAUUGAAGAGCAGCUCUCCAAAGAAAAAGAAAAAAAUAAAGCUCUUGAAGAGAGGGUACGACAGUUAGAACAACAUGUACAAACUUUGGAGAGCAGUAGCAAAAUUGAAAAAUUUGGAUUAGAACGGUAUGCACAUGAUGAUGCUAAAAUACAGUUUUACACUGGAUUUCCCAGUUACAAAGUAUUAAAAAUAUUUUAUAUGUUUCUUGAGCCACAUGCAAAAGGAAUGUACCAGGCAUAUGGCAAAUCAGGCGAAAAACUUUGCAUGAGACGUCCAAAUGGAAAUAUGCAGCUUAUUGAUGAACUGUUUAUGUUUCUUGUGCGGCUCAGACUGGGUCUAUUAAUAACAGAUCUCUCAGAUCGCUUUGCAAUUAGCGCAUCCUCUGUGAGCACUAAAAUCAAUGCGUGGGCAAAUUUUUUGUAUACCAUUCUUGGCAGCAUGAAUAUCUGGCUAUCUAGGGAAGAAAUAGACGAGUAUAUGCCAGAUGACUUCAAGGCUACUUUUCCAAAAACAAGAAUAAUUGUAGACUGCACUGAGUUGUUUAUGCAGAACCCUUCUUCAUUAGUGAGAAGCAGUCAGUUCUACUCCAACUACAAAGGUCAGGCAACACUCAAGUCUUUGAUAGGUAUAUCACCACAUGGGUCAGUGACCUUUGUAUCCAAACUUUAUUCAGGCAGCAUGUCUGACUCUGAAAUAACGCAGCUUUCUGGCCUAAUUGACUUGCUGGAACCUGGAGAUUCUGUAAUGAGCGACAAAGGUUUCAACAUACAAAAUAUCCUGGCAAAGAAAAAUAUUUCAUUAAACAUGCCUGCUUUUUUAUCAGGAAAGGGUCAGUUUUCUGAAAGUGAAGUCACAGCCAACCAAAGUAUCAGUUCACUACGAGUACAUGUGGAGCGAGCAAUCCGCAGAGUCAAAGAGUAUAGGCUUUUUCACGGAAAGAUUCCUUUGACCUUAUGUGGUAGCUUGAAUCAGUUAUGGACUGUAGCUGUUCUCCUUACAAACUUUAACCCUCCUCUUGUCACCAAAUAUGCACCCAAUGCCUCAGAUGAUCCUGAUCAAGAAAUGUAGGCUAUGGUAUACUAC